AUGAUCAAUGGUGAAGAUGUCACUGUACCUAAACCGGAAAUUCAGUGGGAUGAUAAUGAUAAAAAGUUGUGGUCACAUGAUUGUAAGGCACAAAAUAUUCUCAUAUUCGCUUUAGGUGUUGAUGAGUAUUAUCAUGUUUCCCAUUAUGAAAUCGCCAAAGCUAUGUGGGGCACAUUGGAAGUUGCCUAUGAGGGAACUAAUAAGGUCAAACAAGCUAGAGUCAUCACAUUGAAUCAAGAUUUUGAACUCUUUUGUAUGAAGCACGCUGAAACCAUUACGGACAUGCAAAAGAGGUUCCCACAUAUUAUUAACCGGUUGAAUGCUCCAGGUAAGCCUAUUUCCAAUGAUAUUGCUACUAAUAAGGUUUUGAUAUGUCUUAACGGGGAAUGGUAA